AUGGAUCCAUAUAUUGAUGAUCUUAAAGUCGAACUUGGUGCUGAUAACGACAAACUUGAAGUUAAUAACGAAGAACAUGGAGUUGACAACGACGAAAUUAAACUCGCAAAAAAACUUCAAUUAGAUCUUAAUGAAAUCCCUGUAUGUUUAAAACAAAGAGCAGCUCGCAUUCUCGAAGUACUUGACAGAAUUCCUGAUGAUGAUCCAAUUGUGGUUAUAGACUGGAGAAACCCAUGGCCACGUGGACGCAGUCAAACAAAGAGAAUUCUCAUCGAAAACAUUAUUAAUGGUGGUGGCGUAAACGAAUUUAACUCGGACACGAUAUUUUCAUUUAGAACUUGCCGUCAAUUGGGAAAUUGGAUUAAUAAUCGUCCACAAUGGUCAAAACAUGACAGAAGUGCUAUAGAUCCUAACCCGGACGUAGGCCAUAUGUAUAGAAUUAACAAAGUGACCGAUCAUAUUGCCGAAUUCGAGGAUGCUGCCUACGUUUUUAAUGAUUAGUAAAAAAUUUGAAACUAUGCCGUAAUUUUCAGUUGGUUUCUACCUUUCUAUUUCUUCCGCAAUCUGCAUAUAUGUACACCAUAUAAUUUAGUUUCUUGUUACUAUAUGAUUUGUGUAUAACUCUCUUUGAAUGUUUCACUCAUUAAGCAUGCUUUAUGAAGAACAAAAUUUAUGCAUUGUUCCACUUUAUAAUAAUAGAUAGUAUACCAAGAAAUGUAGUUUCAAAGAU